CUGGCGCGGUCCCGCCGGCUGCUGGGCGAGGCCGGCCGCCUCCACCUGUGCCUGGCGUGCCGCAACGCGCAGCGCAGCGAGGCCGCGCGCGACAGCGUCCUGGCCGCGCACCCCGCCGCGCAGGUCUCCACCGUGGAGGUGGACCUGGGCAGCGUGGUGUCCGUGCUGCGCGCCGCCCGCGACCUCAGCCGCAGGUUCCAGCGUCUGGACUUCAUCUUCCUCAACGCUGGCAUCAUGCCCAACCCGCACGUGAACUUCAAGGCCCUCUGCCAAGGCCUGCGCACCGGGAGGGUGCUCCACAUGCUGACCACUGCGGAGGGGGUAAUGACCCAGACAGAUCGGCUCAACGGCGAUGGGCUGCAGGAGGUGUUUGCCACCAACCUCUUUGGACACUUCAUACUGGUUCGACAACUUGAGUCUCUGCUCUGCGGUAAUGAAAAGCCAUCCCGACUCAUCUGGACCUCUUCCAGCAAUGCCAGGGAAUCUGCCUUUAGCCUGUCUGAUUAUCAGCAUGCCAAGGGCCAGGAGUCAUACAGCUCCUCCAAAUAUGCUACUGACCUGACAAGUGUGGUUCUAAACAGGAAACUCAAUGAGCAGGGCCUGUAUUCCAGUGUGGUUUGUCCUGGUCUUGUUAUGUCUAACAUGACAUACAGGAUUUUGCCAGUUUUUAUAUGGAAGUUACUGAUGCCCAUCCUGUGGCUGAUACGAUUUUUUGCCAAAACCUACACUUUGACACCAUAUAAUGGAGCCGAAGCUCAUGUGUGGUUGUUCAAACAAAAGCCUGAGUCCCUGGAUGCACUUGUCAAAUACCACAGCUGCACUUCUGGACUGGGAAAGAAUUACGUGGAGCCCAGAAAGAUGGAUAUUGAUGAAGAAGUUGCUGAAAAGUUUUAUGAAAAGCUCUUGGAACUGGAGAAGCAGAUUCUAGAGAGAUAUGAUGAUCUCUUAGAUGAUGAUAAGUAAAGCCAGUCUCAGUGGGUACCAAGCUUUUAUCAAUGACAUGGGCUUUCUUCAUUCUGGUGCUAUUUGUGGUGCCUGCUGGUCUGUGGGCAUGUGACUUCAGAACUCAUCUUCCUUCUCUACAGAAGGUGAACAAUUCCUGAAAAUGGAAAUGUGGAAACUGAAGAGAAAUACAUAGUCUUUCUGGUAUGGGUUUUUUCCUGGAAUAAAACUGGAGACCUACUGUGGGCGGAGACUG